AUGGGUAUCAUAGAAAAGAUGGAAGAGAUUGAGAAGGAGAUGGCUCGGACGCAGAAGAACAAAGCGACCGAGUACCAUUUAGGUCUUCUCAAAGCAAAACUCGCAAAAUACCGAGCUCAACUGCUUGAGCCGGAGAAGAAGGGCCCUAAAGGUGAAGGGUUUGAUGUAAUGAAAUCAGGAGAUGCUCGAGUGUGUAUGAUCGGUUUCCCAUCAGUAGGAAAAUCGACACUUUUAUCCAAGGUGACAAAAACAGAAUCUUCUGUUGGAGCAUAUGAAUUUACCACCUUGACAGCUAUUCCCGGUGUGCUGGAGUAUGAAGGAGCAAGAGUGCAGUUGCUCGAUUUACCUGGUAUCGUGCAGGACGCAGCGAAAGGCCGAGGUAGAGGUAGACAAGUAGUAGCGGUGGCUAAGACUGCAGACUUGAUCAUACUCAUGAUUGAUGCAACGAAAUCCGCAGAACAGAAGAAAAUGCUGGAGGUUGAGUUGGAAGCGGUUGGAAUCAGGCUGAAUACCAGACCGCCUGAUGUAGUGUUCAAGCAGAAGACCGCGGGUGGUAUAACAAUAAAUAACACUGUGAAACUCACAAAAACGGACGAAAGAACGUUGCGGUCAAUAUUGCAAACAUAUAGGAUACACAACUGCGAUGUGAUGAUACGAGAAGAUAUCUCGACAGACGAAUUUAUUGAUGUUCUCCUUGGCACCCGAAAAUAUAUCCCUGCUUUGACAGUCAUCAAUAAGGUUGACGGUGUAUCUAUGGAAACGUUAGAUACUAUGGCUAGAGAAGGUGAUGGCCGAACAAUCAUGAUAAGUUGUGAAAUAGAUCUGGGACUCGAUUGGUUGAAAGAGGCUAUAUGGAGUCAACUGGGUAUGGUCAAGGUAUAUACAAAGCGAAGAGGUGCACAACCAGAUCUCUCAGAUCCGAUUUGUCUUAGACAAGGAGCAUCUAUCGAAGCUGUCUGUCAUGGUAUUCAUAGAAGUUUGGCAUCGCACUUCAAAUAUGCAUUAGUAUGGGGUAAAUCGAGUAAAUUUAAUCCUCAACCUCAAAAGGUGGGAUUAACACAUAUAGUACAGGAUGAAGAUGUUGUGAGUAUCUUCACCAAGUAG